UGUGGAGGCUGUUCCUGCGUCCGGAGUUUCUCUUCAAGUUCAGGGACUGAUGAGCACGGGCUGAAGAUCCAGCAGGCUGCAGCUGCAGCGGGAACGUCACCCCCAGAACUCUGUGCACGGAUCUCAGCACUGUUCCAUCAGGCCUUCACCCAGGCAGCCGUCUCCUUCACUGACUUCAUUCGCACCAGUGAGCCCCGUCACUGCCAAGCUGUGUGUCACUUCUGGGCUGCCCUGCAGGAGCGCGGGGCUCUCUACAAAGGGACCUAUGAGGGUUGGUACUGCACGGCAGAGGAGGGCUUCUUGCCUGAAAGCCAGCUCACAGAGCGGGUGGAUGCUCAGGGCUUCACACACAAGGUGUCUGCAGAGUCUGGCCAUGAGGUGCACUGGACCAAAGAGGAGAAUUACAUGUUCAAGCUGUCUGCAUUCCAGGACCCACUGCAGAAGUGGCUUCGUGACAACCCACGUGCUAUUUCCCCUGAGCCUUUCUACCAGCGUGUGCUUUGCUGGCUGGGAGAGGACUUGCCAGAUUUGUCCAUCUCACGUGAGAGAAGCCGGUUGCAGUGGGGUAUCCCUGUCCCCAGUGACUCAACACAAACUAUUUAUGUAUGGGUAGAUGCCUUAGUGAAUUAUUUGAGUGUUCUGGGCUACCCUGAGACGCAUGGUGGGUGGUGGCCCGCUGCACACCAUGUGGUGGGCAAGGACAUCCUCAAAUUUCAUGCUGUCUACUGGCCAGCACUGCUGAUGGCAGCUGGGCUGUCCCCUCCAGAGCGAAUAUUUGUGCACUCCCACUGGACUGUCCGUGGGCAGAAGAUGUCCAAAAGCCUGGGCAAUGUGAUUGAUCCCUUUGUUUGUAACGAACGAUACACAGUAGAUGGAUUUCGGUACUUCCUGCUGAGGCAGGGUGUACCUGAGAGGGAUUGUGACUAUUACGAUGAGAAGGUUGUUAAGGUUUUGAAUUCAGAACUGGCAGAUGCACUUGGGGGACUUCUGAAUCGGUCAACAGCCCCUGGCAUUAACCCCAGCAACACUUACCCAUGUUUCUCAGAGACUUGUUUUCCUAAGGUUGUGGAUUACAUGGAGGCAGAAGCCCUGGGUAGAGCUGCUGCUGAGGACUAUGAGUUUGUGGUGGCUGUGGCUUCUCUGCCUCUGCAGGUAGCUAGUUAUUUUGAAGAUUUCCAGAUCUACAAGGCUUUAGAAUGCAUCGCCCUGUGUGUAAGGCAGACCAAUGGUUUCUUCCAGAGGCACAGGCCUUGGAAACUUGACAGAAAGGACCCCGCAGAGAAGCUCUGGCUUGACACCAUCAUCCAUGUUACUCUGGAAUGUCUGCGGGUCUAUGGGACUCUCCUGCAGCCAGUGAUCCCACACAUUGCAGACAAGUUGCUUUCCAGACUAGCUGUUGAGGCAGAAGAGAGAAAGAUCUCAAGUUUGACGUUUCUGCCACGCUACAAUGGGAAGCCAUGUCCCUUUGAAGGGAGACAGCUUGGACCUGACACUGGCAUCUUGUUUCACAGACUAGAGAAAUCAAGUCAGCAUCAGAUAGGGAGCAAGAGGCUUUAGUGUCUGACAAAUAGCUUCUGUAAAUAAAAGCCUCCAGGAACUCCCAGGAAACAUCAUUUUUAUCAGAGCGUGUUCCUCCCAUCUCUUGGCGUGGUAUGAAGUGGCUAAGAUGGGACUGAGCAGGUCUGGGCUGUGCUGUGCAGUCCUGUCUAAGAGAUGGCAUAGGUGUCUGCCCUAAUUGGAAAGCAGGCAGACAGAUUGGUUGUGUGCACACAGCCAGAGAGCUAGGAAAGCAUCUGGGUAACAUCCUUGGAGGAACAGCUCUGCAGCUUAGCUGGUAGCAGAGAAUGAACUGAAGGUGCAGUCUAGGGUCUGAAUACUGCUACUUUGUUUUCCAGUAUGCUUUAAUAAUGUAAAGGGGCUGAGGCAAAAUAUCUUUCCAUGUAAAACACAGCACUCUUCCUGCACAGCCUUGAAGCCCUCUUGUCAUACCACUUGCAUCUUCCA